AAACGCCUCCACUUAGCAGCGGCGGUCAUACUAACGUACGCCGUAUGUGUACUCUCCCUAAAGGGUUGCCCCAAUUGCGGCUCCACCCCAGUUCCCUACCCUCUUAGCACCACUCCAGACUGCGGUGACCAGUCGUACAAAAUCCGGUGCAAUGCCACCUCCCUUUUCUUUGACUCCCUCAAUAACACUUACCCAAUCACUUCCAUUUCCCCAUCCAAUCAACGACUCACCAUUGAACCCUCACCUUUCCUCGCCAACACCUGCAUCACUACCGAUCGGCUCACCUCCAAUGGCCUCCAACUCAACUCCUCCGCCCCCUUCAACAUCACCAGCAGCAACACCGUCUUCUUCCUCAACUGCCCCAUUGGCAUCUUAAACUCCCCCUUAAACUGCACCUCCAACAGCCUCUGUCACGUGUACAUCAACGGCACGACAAGGAGUGGCUGCGUAAAUACGCAGGUGUGUUGUGCGAUGCAGGUGGGGGCCUCGGUGACUAGGUACAAGAUCGGGUUCAAUGACGCUGGUUGCUGGGCGUAUAGGAGCUUUGUGAAUUUGGAUUACAGUUUACCAGUGAGCAGAUGGCCAGCGCCUGGAGUGGAGUUGCAGUGGCUUUUGCCCAGAGAGCCCACUUGUGGGGAACUAGGCGGUUGCGAUUCGGGAUCCACUUGUAGACCCGAUCCGAACUCGAAUAGUGCGAUCAAUAGGUGCUUUUGCAACUCCGGGUUGCAAUGGGACCCGGUUGUUGGACUGUGUACUAAAGUGAAUCAAGAUUCCGAUGGCCGUGAUAAAGAUCGAACCGCCCUUAUAACAGGUUUAACUACAGGCCUCGGUGUAGCAGUCUUAGCAGUACUGACUGUAUUUUUUUACUACAAGCGGCACCAGCGCAUCAAGAAAGAGCAAGAACGACUUACCCGAGAACGGGAAGAAAUCCUUAAUGCUAGUGGUGGCAAAUCAGCGAAACUUUUCACUGGCAAAGAAAUUAAGAAGGCAACAAAUCAAUUCUCCAAAGAUCAUCUUCUUGGCGUUGGUGGUUUUGGUGAAGUCUACAAAGGAAUUCUUGAAGAUGGAACAGUUGUGGCAGUCAAAUGUGCAAAACUGGGUAACGCGAAAGGUACUGAACAAGUUCUAAACGAGGUCCGAAUACUUUGUCAAGUUAACCACAAGUGCCUUGUCGGCCUCCUUGGCUGCUGCGUUGAGCUUGAACAACCAUUGCUGGUUUAUGAGUAUUUUCAGAAUGGAGCUCUGUUAGAUCAUUUAAUAGGUGAAAAGAAGGGAUUUCUCUCUUGGAUUCGCCGACUUAGCAUUGCCCAUGAAACUGCUGAGGGACUAGCUUAUCUUCACUUCGAUGCAGUUCCCCGAAUCUAUCAUCGGGACGUGAAAUCCAGCAACAUUUUGCUCGACUCAAAGCUGAAUGCUAAGGUUUCGGAUUUUGGAUAAUCUCGAUUGGUCCACACGGACCUGAGUCACAUAUCAACUUGUGCUCAGGGUACAAUCGGGUACCUUGAUCCCGAGUACUUCAGAAAGUUCGAGUUGACAGAUAAGAGCGAUGUCUAUAGCUUCGGGAUAGUUCUAUUGGAGCUAUUGACAUCUCAAAAAGUUAUUGAUUUCAACAGAGAGGAGGAUGACGUGAGCUUGGCCGCUUACGUGCAGAGAUUGGUGGAGGAGGAGAGGAUAAUGGACGUGGUUGAUCCAAUGUUGACUGGGGAAAGAGUACGCAAGAUGGAGUUUCAGAGCAUGAAGGCUAUGGUGUUUCUGGCUGUACGGUGCUUGAACGAACACAGACAAAACAGGCCUUCUAUGAAGGAGGCUGCUGAGGAGAUUGAAUACAUUAUCAAUAUUGCAACAGCUGAGAUCACUGAGUAAUUAUCUAUUAUGGAUCUCAACCUAUAGUUUAGUUCGGAUUGUAAAUUUUAUUGAAAUAACAAUUAACAUUCAACGGCAGUACUUAAAUUAUUCACAAUCUUUUGAUAUA